AUGGGUUCUUCUAAAAUCUUCUUUGCAUUGUCUUUGCUCAUUGUGCUUUCGUCGAUAAAUAUCGAGUUCAGCUCGGCAGCUCGUCAACUUUUGCAAACAUCAACCACAAUACCCGCAAUUCCACCAAUUCCUGCAAUUCCAUCAAUCCCAAGCUAUCCCAAAAUUCCACCAAUACCAAGUACUACUAAACUGCCUCCAUUACCACCAAUGCCUAGUAUUCCAAAAUUCACAUUACCAAACGGAAUUCCAACUAGCAUUACGUCGUCAAUUUCUUCUAUGUUCCCUAAUGGAAUUCCUUUCCUUACCCCUUCUUCGACUACAACUGCGACGGCUACCUCUACUGGUAGCCCUUGA